AUGGCCAGCACCGAUGCGAGCAAGGCACUCUUUCUCUUCAAUUUCCAUAUCCGGUAUUUGGGAGCGAGACCCAGUUGUUAUUUUGCUUCAACUGGUGGCUCGUGGAGGCAUUUGGCUUGGAAAUCUCGUCUGGUAAUGGUUUUGGAGGGGAAUGGGGAUUUAUCAUACUGCUAUUUUAAAGUGAGGGAAGUUAGUGCAGCUUUGAAUUGGGGUUUAUUGUAUUGA